AACCCGGAAGUGUGAGAGGCGAAAUCUGCCUAGCAACCGGGGAAGCCGGGCUGUGAAGCGGGCAAUUUCAGUGUGAGAAGGAGCGGCUAGACCGAGCCGCGGCUCCGAGCGCGCCGAGGCAGCUCCUUCCGCCCGGGGUCAGCGCCCCGGCGCGCGCACGCGCACCCUCGCUGCCUGAGCGCGCCCCGCGCCGCCCGCGCAGUCGGUCGGUCGGUCGUCCGUCGUCCUGUCUCCGCAGCCGCCUCAGGCGCCACCCGAGGGAGCCGUCGCCGUAGGACGCGACCACACCGGACCCGAGCGUCCUGCCCGAGGCCGGCCCGGGGCCCAGCUGCCGAUCGUGCGGAGCCGAGCAACUUCGGUUGGCCUGCACAUUGAGCCAGCACAUCCACACAAGUUGCCUUUUGACAGAGCUGUGGCCAUGGCUGCAUAGUAGGCCCAGCGUCCGGGACCGUGAGACCAGAAUGAACGAAGAAGCAUGUCGAACCCGCAGUCAGAAACGAGCCCUUGACCCUGACCUAACGGAGGAUGAUGUGGACAGCAAGAAAAUGAAAAUGGAGAGAGGAGCCUCAGAGCUAACUGUGGACAGAGACACCAGGGUGAUGCCUGAGCCGUGCGCAGGCCCAGCCCAUGGGUUGCUGAGGACAGCAGAGACCACAGCCACAGGAUCAGGCGAAGGGCUGGUAGGAGACGGGCCUGUGGACAUGCGCACCUCACACAGUGACAUUAAGUCCGAGAAGAGACCUCCUUCACCGGAUGUGAUCGUGCUCUCUGACAGUGAGCAGCCGUCAAGCCCGAAGAUGAAUGGGCUGACCACCGCAGCCUUGAAGGACACCAGCACUGAGGCGCUACUGAAAAGCAGCCCAGAGGAGCGAGAGCGGAUGAUCAAGCAGCUGAAGGAGGAGCUGAGGCUGGAGGAGGCGAAGCUGGUCCUCCUGAAGAAGCUGCGGCAGAGCCAAAUGCAGAAGGAGGCCGCAGCGCAGAAGCCUACAGCUUCCUCAGGGAGCACCGUGACCACCCCUCCCCCUCUAGUGCGGGGUACCCAGAACAUUCCUGCUGGCAAGACAUCACUUCAGACCUCCUCUGCUCGAAUGCCGGGCAGCAUCAUCCCACCGCCACUGGUCCGAGGUGGGCAGCAGGUGUCUGCCAAGCUAGGACCACAGGCCAGUUCUCAAGUAGUCAUGCCGCCGCUUGUCAGAGGGGCCCAGUGGCAUUUCUUGUCCCCUGUCUCCCAGCAGAUUCACAACAUCAGACAGCAUUCCUCCACGGGGCCACCACCUCUCCUCCUAGCCCCCCGUGCCUCAGUGCCCAGCAUGCAAAUUCAGGGACAGAGGAUCAUCCAGCAGGGACUCAUCCGUGUCGCCAAUGUCCCCAAUACCAGUCUGCUUGUCAACAUCCCUCAGCCCACCGCAGCCUCGCUGAAGGGGACAACGGUUGCCUCUGCUCAGGUCAGCUCCACUCCCACCAGCGUGGCUUCUGUGGUUGCAUCUGCCGAGUCUCCAGCCAGUCGGCAGGCUGCCGCCAAGCUAGCACUGCGAAAACAACUGGAGAAGACCCUGCUCGAGAUCCCACCUCCCAAGCCCCCUGCUCCAGAGAUGAACUUCCUGCCCAGUGCUGCCAACAAUGAGUUCAUCUACCUAGUCGGCCUGGAGGAAGUGGUGCAGAACCUGCUAGAGACACAAGCGGGCAGGAUCUCUGCUAGCACAGCUGCUGCUGUGUUAUCCCGGGAGCCUUACAUGUGUGUUCAGUGCAAGACAGACUUCACAUGCCGCUGGCGGGAAAAGGGCGGGGCUGUCAUGUGUGAGAGCUGCAUGACGACCAGCCAGAAGAGGGCGCUCAAGGUGGAGCACACCAGCCGGCUGAAGGCGGCCUUCGUGAAGGCGCUGCAGCAGGAGCAGGAGAUGGAGCAGCGGCUGCUGCAGCAGGGCGUGGGCGCCGCCAGCACGAAGGCUGAGCCUGCAGCCCCACAUCCCACACUGAAGCAGGUCAUAAAGCCCCGACGUAAGUUGGCGUUCCGCUCAGGAGAGGCCCGUGACUGGAGUAACGGGGCUGUGCUACAGGCUUCCAGUCAGCUGUCCCGGGGCUCGGCCACAACACCUCGUGGUGUUCUGCACACAUUCAGCCAGUCACCCAAACUGCAGAGUGCAGCAUCAGCCACGGCCCUGGUAAGCAGGACUGGCAGACAUUCCGAGAGAGCUGUGAGCACCAGCAAGGGUACCACCUCCAACUGGAAAAAGACGACCCUGAGCACAGGAGGGACCCUUGCCUUUGUCAGCCCAAGCUUGGCAGUGCAUAAGACUUCCUCAGCUGUGGACCGUCAGCGAGAAUACCUCCUGGACAUGAUCCCUCCACGCUCCAUCCCCCAAUCAGCCACGUGGAAAUAGUGUGAGCCUGGCCCAGCUGAGGACAGGCCCUCUGCUCUCCCGAGGCCCUGGUCUAGGACGCACAGACCACCCUCCUAACCAGUUGCCUGAGACAGCUCAGGCCUUGGCUAUCUAGCCCUGCGGUGUUCAGAAGAGGGUGCCACCCUGGUGCCCGGGAUCAGAACCAGGGACCCUCCCCGAGGGCCUUCUCCUUCCUUUUUGCCUUUAGUUUGCCCGACACCAGCAGAAACUCGGACCUUGGGGUCAGCUCUGCCUGGCCAGCAUGGGUGGGAGCUCACCCUGGACACUGUGACAUGCCCAGGCCAGCCUGGCACCGGGAGCUCCCAAAGUUGAGCCGGGGUUUAGUUUUCUUUUGACUUUUCCCAUCUUAGCCCCCCAGUCUCUGUCUCCUCAUGGCCACCUGUAGGUUGAAGUUUGGGUUUUUGUUUUUUCUUUUUUAAUCACCUCACAAUGAUGAUGGAAUUAAAAGUGAACUGUGUAGACCCAGGGUCCCUGUUGUGCAAUGUCGUCCUGGCGGACCCUGACCCCAGAGGAUGCUCUGAGUGGCAGUAGCCAGGGAUGACAGGUGCCACCAUGGCUGCAGCUGUGUCUGUUGCCACAGCCCCUGGCUCCACACUUAGCAGGAUGAACCGCAGCCCAGACCACCAGACACUCGGAGGUUCCAGGGGAAUGCUGGGCCUGUUGUGCUGGAACCAAAACUGGCUGCUGGCAGGGAGGGUACUGGGUUAUUUUUUGUGGUUUAUUUUAUUAAAAUUUCUUUCCUUUUCUUCUUUUUGAUGGACACAAGCUCAAGGUACCCAAGAGGCACCCAGGUAGCCCAGACAGAACCCCUACCGGGGCCUGGGGUCGGCAGGGUUUGCUUCCAUCGACUCCUCAGUCCACGGGGAUGUCUUUGAAAGGGCCAGGUCUACUUUAGUUUUAUCUUUGCCCCUCCCCCUCUUAAACAGUUGGUUUCAUGGUGAAGGCAGAAGCAGCACUGUGUCCAGCCGCCUGCUGCACAUCGCGGUCGGAUCCCGACCAGCCCUGGCUUCCCUUGACACAAUACAGUUAGGGACUUUAAUUUAAACCCUUGUUCUGCAGACACGACCUCUGCAGACACGCCCCUGCCUCCUCUAAUAAAGGCUCAUUUAACCCCGUG